AUGCACUUCUUUAGUCCCAGCACUCAGGGGGCAGAGGCAGGAGGUGCUUUCUGGGUAAUAUUUGAAGCUGAAGUCUCAGGAGGCAGAAGCGGUUAUAUUGCCAUUGAUGACAUCCAAGUCUUGAGUUAUCCUUGCGAUAAAUCUCCUCAUUUCCUCCGUCUGGGUGACGUGGAGGUCAAUGCGGGGCAGAAUGCUACAUUUCAGUGCAUUGCUACGGGGAGAGAUGCCGUGCAUAACAAGUUAUGGCUGCAGAGACGCAAUGGAGAAGACAUACCUGUAGCCCAGACUAAGAACAUCAAUCACAGAAGAUUUGCUGCCUCUUUCAGAUUGCAAGAAGUGACAAAAACUGACCAGGAUUUGUACCGCUGUGUAACUCAGUCAGAACGAGGUUCUGGGGUCUCCAAUUUUGCUCAACUUAUUGUGAGAGAACCUCCAAGACCAAUUGCUCCUCCCCAGCUGCUUGGCGUUGGACCUACUUACUUGCUGAUCCAACUAAAUGCAAACUCCAUCAUUGGCGAUGGCCCCAUUAUCCUGAAAGAAGUAGAGUAUCGAAUGACCUCAGGAUCUUGGACAGAAACCCAUGCUGUCAAUGCUCCAACAUACAAGUUGUGGCAUUUAGACCCAGAUACAGAAUACGAGAUCCGUGUUUUGCUCACAAGGCCUGGUGAAGGGGGCACUGGGCUCCCAGGACCUCCACUGAUCACCAGAACAAAGUGUGCAGAACCUAUGCGGACCCCAAAGACUUUAAAGAUUGCUGAAAUCCAGGCAAGGCGCAUCGCGGUGGACUGGGAGUCCUUGGGUUACAACAUUACUCGCUGCCACACUUUCAAUGUCACUAUCUGCUACCAUUACUUUCGUGGACACAAUGAGAGCAGGGCAGACUGCUUGGACAUGGACCCCAAAGCCCCUCAGCAUGUUGUGAACCAUUUGCCACCUUAUACAAAUGUCAGCCUCAAGAUGAUCCUAACCAAUCCAGAGGGAAGGAAGGAAAGUGAAGAGACGAUCAUUCAAACUGAUGAGGAUGUGCCAGGACCAGUGCCAGUCAAAUCCCUCCAAGGAACAUCCUUUGAAAACAAGAUCUUCUUGAACUGGAAAGAGCCACUGGAACCAAACGGAAUCAUCACUCAGUAUGAGGUGAGCUAUAGCAGCAUAAGAUCAUUUGACCCUGCAGUUCCAGUGGCUGGACCUCCGCAGACUGUAUCAAAUUUAUGGAAUAGUACACACCAUGUAUUUAUGCAUCUCCACCCUGGAACCACCUACCAGUUUUUCAUAAGAGCCAGCACUGUCAAAGGUUUUGGCCCCGCCACAGCCAUCAACGUGACCACAAAUAUCUCAGCUCCGACUUUACCUGAUUAUGAAGGAGUUGAUGCCUCUCUGAAUGAAACCGCCACCACGAUCACAGUGUUAUUGAGACCAGCACAAGCCAAAGGUGCCCCUAUCAGUGCUUACCAAAUUGUUGUGGAACAGCUACACCCACAUCGGACCAAGAGAGAAGCUGGGGCCAUGGAGUGCUACCAGGUACCGGUCACAUACCAGAACGCCAUGAGUGGAGGUGCACCCUAUUACUUUGCUGCGGAACUGCCCCCUGGGAAUCUUCCUGAACCUGCCCCCUUCACUGUGGGUGACAACCGGACCUAUAAAGGCUUUUGGAACCCUCCUCUGGCUCCCCGAAAAGGGUACAACAUCUAUUUCCAAGCAAUGAGCAGUGUGGAGAAGGAAACUAAAACCCAAUGUGUACGAAUUGCUACAAAAGCAGCAGCAACAGAAGAACCAGAGGUGAUCCCGGACCCCGCGAAGCAGACAGACAGAGUGGUGAAAAUCGCAGGCAUCAGUGCUGGGAUCUUGGUGUUCAUCCUCCUUCUCCUGGUUGUCAUAGUAAUUGUGAAAAAGAGCAAGCUUGCUAAAAAGCGCAAAGAUGCAAUGGGGAACACAAGACAGGAGAUGACCCACAUGGUGAACGCUAUGGACCGAAGUUAUGCCGAUCAGAGCACCCUGCACGCGGAGGACCCCCUUUCUCUCACCUUCAUGGACCAACACAACUUCAGUCCAAGAUAUGAGAACCACAGUGCCACAGCAGAGUCUAGUCGUCUUCUGGAUGUUCCUCGAUACCUCUGCGAAGGGACAGAGUCCCCUUACCAGACAGGACAGCUGCACCCAGCCAUCAGAGUGGCCGACUUACUGCAGCACAUCAACCUCAUGAAGACAUCAGACAGCUAUGGGUUCAAAGAGGAAUAUGAGAGCUUCUUUGAAGGUCAAUCGGCAUCUUGGGACGUAGCUAAAAAAGAUCAAAACAGAGCAAAAAACCGAUACGGAAACAUUAUUGCAUAUGAUCACUCCAGAGUCAUUCUGCAGCCGGUGGAGGAUGAUCCUUCUUCAGAUUACAUUAAUGCCAAUUACAUAGAUGGCUACCAAAGACCAAGCCACUACAUUGCAACUCAAGGCCCCGUUCAUGAGACUGUGUAUGAUUUCUGGAGGAUGGUGUGGCAAGAACAGUCUGCCUGUAUUGUGAUGGUAACUAAUUUAGUGGAGGUUGGCCGG